AUGCCUGAGGUCACAAGACAAACAUCAACAAAGGACGGCGGUGAUGAGCCCAGCGAUCACCCAAACGGCUUUGUUACUAUUCGCGAGAUCGAUGGUCAGCAUGUAAACAUGCGCAUUUAUAAUGACGGACGCGUAUCGGGAACCUUACCUGAUGGAAGCCGGCCAGUAUCUCGCAGCGGAACUCCUACCACACGGGGAGGGCACUCUACCGCGUUUAGUGGUGGCAGAAUGGGAGCGCUCCGCGGGACGUCAAUGAGAACAGGAUCUCGUAUGAAUAGCUCAAGGCAUCACCCUUAUGGCGGAAGACCGACCCCUCGCAGUGUCCCCGACAAUUUCGAUCCGACGAACAUGCCUCCUUCUGCUCCUUCUCAGACCUCUACUGCUAACCCAUCCACCCACAUCGUCACAGGUAGAAGGUCAUAA